CUUUUGAUGAGUCUUUGCUCAAGUUCCAGUCACACUCUAAUUGAUUGGUCUAGAUUUUAAGUUCUGGCCGUCCUCAUCUGCUCCCAUAACUGAGAGAAAUGAGGCUGUGUGUGAAAGCUUCAUGUGCUGUGGACUGGGUAAGUUUGUCUGCGAGAGUUGGAGGCUAAUAGCAUGAAGGUUGUGGAUCAGAAGGAAAGGGGGAGCUGAACAUAUGAUGUCAUCGAUCUAUAGGAGUCAGCGACGGCGACGGCUGGGGAGAGUAAGACAAGGAAGCGCCUGCUGCUGGAGCCAAUGCCGCCCUUUGGCUCUCCGGGAGGAGCGUCCCUGCCCGGAUGAGUGUCCGCAGUGUGUUCCCGACUGUCCCCCGGCGGGAGCGCUGCUCGGAAGAUCGCGGCUGCUUUGCCUGCCCCGGUAGGAUGUGGUGAAAGGAUGGGGCUUCUCCCUCCGGAGAGUCAAAAUGGCCAGAGAAGAUUCCGUGAAGUGUUUGCGCUGUUUGCUCUACGCCCUCAACCUGCUCUUUUGGUUAAUGUCCAUCAGUGUCUUGGCUGUUUCUGCUUGGAUGAGGGACUACCUGAAUAAUGUUUUGACUUUAACUGCAGAAACAAGGGUAGAAGAGGCGGUCAUCUUGACUUACUUCCCCGUGGUUCACCCUGUCAUGAUUGCUGUUUGCUGUUUCCUUAUCAUCGUGGGGAUGUUGGGAUAUUGUGGAACAGUGAAGAGAAAUCUCUUGCUUCUUGCAUGGUACUUCGGGACAUUACUCGUCAUCUUCUGUGUGGAACUGGCUUGUGGCGUGUGGACAUACGAGCAGGAGGUUAUGGUGCCAGUACAGUGGUCAGAUAUGGUUACUUUGAAAGCCAGAAUGACAAAUUACGGCUUGCCCAGGUAUAGAUGGCUUACCCAUGCUUGGAACUUUUUUCAGAGAGAGUUUAAGUGUUGUGGAGUGGUGUACUUCACUGACUGGCUGGAAAUGACAGAGAUGGACUGGCCUCCAGAUUCCUGCUGUGUUAGGGAAUUCCCAGGAUGCUCCAAGCAGGCCCACCAGGAAGAUCUCAGUGACCUUUACCAAGAGGGUUGUGGGAAGAAAAUGUAUUCUUUUUUGAGAGGAACCAAGCAAUUGCAAGUGCUAAGGUUUCUGGGGAUCUCCAUUGGUGUGACACAAAUCCUGGCCAUGAUUCUCACCAUUACUCUGCUCUGGGCUCUGUAUUAUGAUAGAAGGGAGCCUGGGGCAGACCAAAUGCUGUCUCUGAAGAAUGAUACUUCUCAGCACCUGUCAUGUCACUCAGUGGAACUGUUAAAACCAAGCCUUUCAAGGAUCUUUGAGCAUACGUCAAUGGCAAACAGCUUCAAUACACACUUUGAGAUGGAAGAAUUAUGAAGAAUGUCAAAAGGAAA